GCUUCUGAAGUGUGAGCAACACCUCCUGACUCCUGCCAGAAUCGGCUCUGCCCAGCAUGAGAGCUGCCCUGUGCGGUGGCACCCGGGCCAGCCUCAGCCUCGGCCUCCUGCUUCUGCUUGGCCUCUGGCCCGACAGAGGUGUGCAAGCCAAGGAGCUGAAGUUUGUGACAGUGGUAUUUCGGCACGGAGACAGAAGUCCUAUUGAAACCUUUCCUAAUGAUCCCAUUGAGGAAUCCGCAUGGCCAGAUGGAUUUGGUCAACUCACUCAGCGGGGAAUGAAACAACAUUAUGAACUUGGAGCAUAUUUGAGGAAAAGAUAUGGAAAAUUCUUGAAUGAGUCCUAUAAACAUGAACAGGUUUACAUUCGAAGCACAGAUGUUGACCGGACUUUGAUGAGUGCUAUGGUAAACCUGGCAGCCCUGUUUCCCCCACUGGGCACCAGCAUGUGGAACCCCAAGCUCCUCUGGCAGCCCAUUCCAGUGCAUACAGUUGCUGUCUCUGAAGAUCGGUUGCUCUACCUGCCUUUCCGGAACUGCCCUCGUUUUCAAGAACUUCAGAGCGAGACUUUGAAAUCUGAGGAAUUCCAGAAGAGGAUUCAACCUUAUAAGGAUUUUAUGAAGACCUUGCCUACACUUUCAGGAUUCCAAGGCCAGGACCUUUUUGGAAUUUGGAGUAAAGUCUAUGAUCCUUUAUAUUGUGAGGGUAUUCACAAUUUCACUUUACCUUCCUGGGCCACGAUGGAGACCAUGACUACAUUGCGAGAAUUAUCAGAACUGUCCCUACUGUCUCUUUAUGGAAUACACAAGCAGAAAGAGAAAUCUAGACUCCAGGGGGGUGUCCUGAUUAAUGAAAUCCUGAAUCACAUGAAGAGUGCAACUCAGCAAGAAAAGUACAAAAAAUUUGUCAUGUACUCUGCACAUGACACUACUGUGAGUGGCCUGCAAAUGGCACUGGAUGUUUACAAUGGAAUGCUACCUCCUUACGCUUCCUGUCACUUAAUGGAAUUAUACCUCGAGGAGGGUAAGUACUUUGUGGAGAUGUACUACCGGAAUGAGACUCAGCAUGAGCCAUAUCCCCUCACGCUGCCAGGUUGCACCCACAGCUGCCCCCUGGAGAAGUUUGAUGAGCUGGUUGCCCCUGUGAUACCCCAAGACUGGUCCACGGAGUGCAUGAGCACAAGCAACCAUCAAGUUUUAAGGAUCAUCCUUGCCAUUGCCUUUUGCCUGGUGUCUGGAGUCCUAAUGGUGCUGCUGUUUAUCCUCAUUCGCCAUGGGCCUUGCUGGCAGAGAGAGUCUUACAGGAACAUCUGAACUGGUGGCUGAACAACAGCAGACAAGCAGGGACAAACUCCAGGGAUAUAGCAUCUCCCAAGGAUGAGGCAUUCCAAGGAUUCAAAGGACAGGAGUUGGCCACUGGCCACAUUUUCUUUCUGGACCCACUUAGAGCACAGUUGGAACCCACAGCCACCCAGGGACAGCUGCUUGACCAACAGGUUACCCGGGACUUCUCAAAACUGAAUAAGAGUGUAGACUGCUCCAGAGGCCAGAGCGAGGCUCUUCUGCAGAGAACAGUUGUAUUCCUUGACAGAGAUGUUCAGAGAGAGAACUAAGAAGCUUUUGGUUUACAAAGACCAAAGAAUGAGAAAGUGGGACAAUAGAUUAGACAAGUCUACAUACAGGGAAAUGUUAGCAUAGAGGUGGUAUUAGAUAAGAUGACCCUUAAAGGAAAGACACAAUAAGAAAUUAUAAAUAACUUUUAUUUCGCUAUUAAGUAGGUUUAAUAUAUAGGCACACACACUCAUGCACAGCCCUCACAAGCAGUUCCCACCCUGUGUUUGAUAGUUCACACACUUCUACAUGUGCACCUAACACACAUACAUACAUAUAUUUAUAUUUUAAGUGCCUUUGAAGGGGUGUUUUAUUAUCAGAAACGAAUAUGAACCUUUCAGGUCAUUGGGGAAGCAACUGGAAAAAUCCAUGGUUGUUUUGUUUUAACUUCCAUUAUCAGAGUUAUAUUUUUAUACAGUUUGAAUGGGAAUGUUUUUAUUUCAUUUUAAAUGAGUUUUUAUAUUGGAAAAGGUCAUCAUGGCCAUGGUACAAGAAGUGUUUUAAUUGCCACAGAAGUAUCUAAUUUUUUGAGGUGGGGGGUAUAGUGUCUGAACCCAAAGCCUCAAACAUGUUAAGUGACUGUGGCCACCUCAGAGCUGUAUCCUCAAUCUUUUCUGAAUUUUCUAAGUGCCGUGGUAGAAGGAAAAACCGACUGAGAGUCAGCCUCCUGCCUCAACACUUCACUGGCUUUGGGCCAACAAACUGAAACAUAGACUUUCAUACCUUCAGUCUUAGCUUCUAUCUCUGUUACUCUUCUCUUGUUGCUGGGACAAAUACCUGACACCCAAAAUGAAGGAAGGAAAGGUUUAUUUAGC